AUGGCGUUGAAUUUGGAUUUGGCAAAUGCUGCCGUAAUGAAGGAUGAGCAAGGCAGGCCAUUCAUCGUCGUCCGAGACCAAGGCAAGAAGAAGCGCCAAUACGGCAACGAAGCAGUCAAGUCACACAUUCUAGCCGCCCGCACGGUCGCAAACAUCGUCAAGACAUCCCUGGGACCCCGUGGUCUCGACAAGAUCCUCAUUUCCCCCGACGGCGACAUUACUGUAACGAACGAUGGCGCAACGAUCCUCCAGCAGAUGGAGAUUACCAACCACGUCGCGAAGCUCCUCGUAGAGCUAUCCAAGUCACAAGACGACGAGAUUGGUGACGGUACGACGGGUGUAGUGGUUCUGGCGGGCGCACUCCUCGAGCAGGCAGCCGAGCUCAUCGAUAAAGGCAUCCACCCGAUCAGGAUCGCGGACGGCUAUGACCAGGCGUGCGAUAUCGCCGUAGCGGAGCUCGACAAGAUCUCCGACGUGAUUGAGUUCAGCAAGACAGAGACCAAGAACCUGGUAAAGGUUGCAAGGACAAGUUUGGGCAGCAAGAUCGUCUCCAAGGCACACGACCAGUUUGCGAAUAUUGCAGUGGACGCCGUAUUGUCCGUGGCAGAUCUGGACCGGAAGGACGUUGACUUCGAGCUUAUCAAGGUUGACGGAAAGGUUGGAGGCUCGCUAGAGGAUACUCUCCUAGUCAAGGGUGUCAUCAUCGACAAGGACUUCUCACAUCCGCAGAUGCCUCACGAGGUCAAGGAUGCGAAGAUUGCCAUUCUCACAUGUGCUUUCGAGCCGCCAAAGCCGAAGACGAAGCAUCACUUGGAUAUCUCAUCCGUGGAGGAGUACAAAAAGCUACAGAACUACGAGCGUGAGAAGUUCAUAGAGAUGAUUCAGCAGAUCAAGGACACCGGUGCCAACCUGGCUAUCUGCCAAUGGGGUUUCGACGAUGAGGCCAACCAUCUACUUCUACAGAACAAGCUCCCGGCUGUCCGGUGGGUUGGCGGACCAGAGAUCGAGUUGAUCGCCAUUGCUACCAACGGACGCAUAGUACCGCGAUUUGAGGACUUGAAACCCGAGAAGCUAGGCACUGCCGGAAUCGUACGAGAGAUGGAGUUCGGUACAACAAGGGAGAAGAUGCUUGUGAUUGAAGAAUGCGCAAACACCAGGGCUGUCACAGUGUUUGUGCGAGGAAGCAACAAGAUGAUCAUCGAUGAGGCUCGUCGGUCACUACACGAUGCACUAUGCGUCGUAAGGAAUCUAGUGAGGGACAACCGCGUCGUAUACGGCGGUGGAUCAGCCGAGAUUGCUUGCUCCCUGGCCGUCGAAGAUGCCGCAGUGAAGACCCCCGGCCUCGAGCAAUACGCCAUGCGCGCAUUCGCUGAGGCUCUCGACGCCAUCCCCAUGGCACUGGCCGAGAACAGCGGUUUGAACCCCAUCGCGACGCUGGCCGAGGUGAAGAGCCAGCAGGUCAAGACGGGCCGAGGCCGGCUCGGCGUUGACUGUAUGCAGAGGGGCAGCAACGACAUGAAGGAGGCAUUUGUCAUCGACCCCCUGAUCGGCAAGAAGCAGCAGCUCAUGCUGGCGACGCAGCUAUGCAGGAUGGUACUGAAGGUCAAUAACGUGAUUAUAGCCGGCUCGGGUGAGGAUGACUUCUAG